CCUCCUGGUUACCGCAACGUUUCACAAUUCGGGAUACGACUAUUCGGCUCGAGUCAGUCUUUGUCCGUGGCUUCGACUAGUCGUGCGUGCGUGCUCUCUCUUGGUUGGUGCUGUUACCGUGUUUCUACACCUUCAAAAAUUCAAUCAUUGAUUGACGAUUCUGUGCGUAUCCUUCAGGAGAAGAAUAAAAUAAUCUUUGGUCCAGAUCCCAUUUGAUUGGUGGUGUGCAAGUGACAUUUCCCAUUAACGAAGCCAGCAGCAGAGGCAAAAGGGGAAUCGAAAAGUGAAGUGCCGAAAUUGAGUGUGAAUUGAAGAGAGAGAGAGUGUGUGUCAAAAGGUUUGGCCCCCCUCAGUGUUCCGGAUCCUGCUGUCCCUCACAUAUACAUAUCGAUCAAGCAGAAGCAGAAGACCAUCGCCACGGGUCGCGACACCAAUUUGCUCCUCGUUUCGAGAUAUAAUUGAAUAAAAUCGGUCCUGUGCUGCUGCGUUUCCCGUUAAAAUAAACGUACGAACUUCCGAGAAAGGAAACCGGAAACAGACAGCGUACCAUGUCGGCCUGGAACUAUCAUCCGUCUUUGUCCGAGGAGGAACGUGACGAGUACAACGAUGGCUCGGUCCGGCUGCGGAAUCCCAACAUCGAACUCAUGGACCAGGAUAUUCUGUACCAUUUGGCCUUAGGCAGCGGCAGCCAUGAUUUGCAGGAGAUGUUCGGAGAUGUUAAGUUUGUCUGCAUGGGUGGAACCCCGAAGCGCAUGGAGAACUUCGCACACUUCAUCAUGGACGAGAUCGGCUACAAACUGCCGGCCGGAACUCAGCUCCAGGAUAUCAGCGCGUUCUCCUACCGUUACUCGAUGUAUAAGGUCGGUCCGGUGCUGUCGAUCAGCCACGGAAUGGGAGUGCCUUCGCUCGGCAUUUUGCUGCACGAGAUGAUCAAGCUGAUGUACCACGCCAAGUGCAAGAACCCGAUCUUCAUCCGUAUCGGAACGUGCGGAGGUAUCGGUGUCGAGGGUGGAACCGUGGUCAUUACCGAUGAUGCCGUGGAUGGAUUGUUGCGUAGUACGCAUGAGUUGGCCAUCCUGGGUAAAAUUGUACAUCGUCCAGCAGUCGUGGAUAAGCGACUAGUGCGGGAGCUAAAAUCGCUCGCCUCGCCAGAUGAUCCCUACGAUACGAUUACCGGCAAAACCAUGUGUACGUCCGACUUCUAUGAAGGUCAAGGUCGGCUGGAUGGAGCGUUCUGCGACUUCUCGGAGCAGGAUAAGAUGGACUACCUCGAGAAGCUGCACAACUUUGGGGUGGUGAACAUCGAGAUGGAGUGCACCAUCUUUGCGGCGCUGACCCAUCAUGCCGGCAUCAAGGCCGCCGUGGUUUGCGUAACGCUGCUGGAUCGGCUCAAGGGCGACCAGGUGAUGUCCCCGAAGGAGGUCAUGAACGAGUGGCAGCAGCGCCCGCAGAUCCUGGUAUCCCGGCUGAUUCGGAAGCAUCUGGCCCAGGUUGGAGCGUUGAAGAACCUCGCCUCAACGCCCAGCGCCAUCAAGUCGCCACGCCGCUUCAAACUGGUCCAGCAGGAAUCGGAAGCUCACGAGUAAGCAGCUGCCCCGAGGAUCGAUCUUCGUAUAACCCAUUCCGGUACUUAAGCGCCCCGUGACGACUAGCACUCACGUGUGUGUGUUCACGCGCGUGUUUGUGAUCGAUAUAUCAAGCAAACUUAAAUUUAUCCAUAAGUGUGACUGUAAGACGACGAUUGCCGCAUGACCUGUGAAAGUUGUUUCGAAAAUUGUAAUAUUUUUUUCGAUCGUAAUAAGAUGGUUAUCAGGAAAGACAAAUCGUUGAUGUUGGAAGAAAGAGCAAAACAUUCCAUUUUUAAGUGAAAAUAAAUCUUCCCACCAAACGGCAAAAGAAAAGAGAAACUGGCUGAAAACUCUAACAGAUGGGAAAAAUUUAUAAUUUUAGUAGCUAAUCCAUGCCAUACUUACCACUCACUCGAUGAAAAUAUAAACCCAAAAGCCCAAAAUUCUCAAAGCCCCCAACCCUUCUAGGAUUUGGGUUGGGUGCCGCUGAUCAACAAUAUGACUGAGACGAGUUGUAAAAGAAAAAAAAGCUGUUUGCAGGUCAAACUGUGACGGACGAUCACCCGGAAAAGAAAAAAAUGAAUGGCGACCGUGAUACUGAAAAAAAACAAAAGCUUAGCCUAAAUUUAGAAUUAGAGAUGAUGACGAUGAUGAAACCAGUAAACCAAUUAGCUCUGGCUCACGUGAAUCUUAAACGAGAAGUCUUUCGAUUUGAUUUUUCAUUGUUUUUUGUUCGUUGGAUACAUUUAGCUUCAUGAUUUGUUUAAAAUUUUCAAGAGUUUAAGUUUCAUGUUUGUUUUUAGAAUUUAUGACAAACUUUCUAUCGGUUGUGAAGCUUUCUCGUGAGAAUCAAUCUAUCGGUUUUACUACAAUAAAAUACUGUUUAUUCCUUUUUUGUUCUUACGAUCAUUUGAAAAACCUUCAACUCCUCAAAAAAGAGGUUAGUUAAGAAAAAGCAGUCAAACGCAAGCGUUUAAAUAGUCUUAAAAGCGACAAUAUUCGAAAACCGCAGUGCAGCCUUUCGUUCCCAAGAAACGCUGGAUGUUAAAUAUUUUACCCAAUCUUUAUUCUGUGGUGGUAGUUAAACCUUAUACGGAAGCGUCCUUUUCUCUGAGAGGGGAAAAUAUUUGGCGCAAGAAUCGGAAGCGAUCGCGCGUUAAUCAGAAAUAAAUGAAUAAAUGGUUUCUUUUGUUGCAAAAUAUAGCCGCUAUACCGUUAAGAACAACAUGUUAGAACCACAACAACAGUCGGUGGGAGCAAACUGUUGAGAUAUUCGCUGAAAUGUGUUGAGAAAUAUUAAAUUAAUGAAUCUUAAAACAAAACAAAAAAAAUACUAGAUGCAAAUCAAAUAGACAACGAGUUCAACGGACGACGCCCUGAGAUAUUUUCGUUUCGUUUACCCAAAAAAACGUUAACAACAACAUGUUAUUCAGUAGCUGUGCAUGAAUUUCUUUAUGACCUGUAGCAUUAACUAUUCGAAAUCAAUAGUAGAGGAAGAAAAAAAAUUAAAAAACACAGUUAAAACAUGCGAUAGUUCCAUUGUUAUUGUGUGAUGUUGAUACGUUUCUGAGAUCAAACGAUAAGGCUCUAAAUCUGCAUUUAACUGAUCACGAUCGGAAUGCCAUUUACAUCAUUCUACGACAAUUUCUUUUUCUCUAGCGAUUUUCGAGCAUCUAGCUUAAGACGAAAUUUACCAACUCUUUUUUUUAGCUGGACGUAACCUUUUGAAAAAAAAUGUCAACUGUAAGAAUCUAUAAAAUGAAUGUUUUACCAACCAAAAAAAUAAAAAUCAAAUGGCACUACACUACACCGGAAGGUUCUAAAACACUGUGUUGUAAUUCGUGAAACCACCAAGCAUCAAAGAACGUACUAAAGCUUAAUCCAGUUUUACGUGUGUGAUCCUAUAUAGCUCUGAAACAAACACCAUACAAGCAGCUCAAUCAACAAUACCAAAACGAAAGAAGAAAACCGGACAGACUAAUUCUCUGUCAAACAAUCUUACUAAAACACACAACUAACUAACUUUUCCAACUAACUCUACUUAAACUAGCUAUUACAACUACUUGUGGAGAAAAUAGAAAGAAUUCGAAAUUUGAAUUAGAAACAGAAAUCUCAAACCAAGAUAAUUUUUUGAUACGUUUGGAGCAGCAGAUGAGGAAAUAAUGAAAAGAAAAUAUAUAAAAAAAACAUGGCGGCCCCAGUUAUAUGUACAAAACAAAACAAAACAAAAGAAGAAAAAAAAACAACCUAAAGGAAUAACUAUUAGUAAUCGUUUAUUAUUAUAUUAAAAAAUAUAUACCACUGAAUGACUUGAGGAAACUCGCAAAAAUA